AUGGAAAGUCGGCAAUCCAAGCGUUCACUACAUAAACGCCGCAAGAGAAGGCGAGAAGUUGAGUGUACUAGCACGUCAUCGAGUUCGAGUGAUCCAGUUAUAGAACGACACCAUCGUUCUGGACAGAGACAUACUAAAGACGAAUCUCGUAAUGCUGGCCGGAGUCGUGGCCGGAGUCGUGACCGGAGUCGUGGCCGCAGUCGUGGCCGCAGUCGUGGCCGCAGUCGUGGCCGCAGCCGAGACCGCAGCCGUGGCCGCAGCCGAGACCGCAGCCGUGGUCGCAGUCCUGGUCAUAGACGUGACCGCAGUCACCGCCACAGUCGCAGUCGCAGCCAAGGAACCAGUCGUGGGCGCAAGCAGGGCAGCAGCCACACGCCGCAUCGAAAUGAUGUUCAAGGUACAGAUUCUACCAAUGUUAUUUCACGCGAUAGUAAUAACAGUACGCAAUCAGAUUUAGAUAAAUUUAUUAAUACCUUAUCAUCGGCUAUAACCGGAACUAAUAAUACAGAUAAGUUCCAAAAUACGGUAAAUACAAUACCAGAAUUUGAUCCAUCAUUAAAAAACCAAACGAUGUCUAUGUGGUUAAAUAAAAUAAAUGAGUGUGCUUCCAUUUUUGGUUGGUCCGAAAGACAAACUAUUCAUUUCGCUUUAUCUAGACUUAGUGGUUUAGCAAAGAUGUGGUACGAAAGUCUACCCUCACUUCUUUAUUCUUGGUCCGAUUGGCAAAAUAAGUUGUUAGAUGCAUUUCCUUGCCAUGAAAACUAUGGUCAACUUUUAAAUGAUAUGCUUUUAAGGAGGGCAAGAUUCGGCGAUUCAUUAGAGGAAUAUUUUUACGAAAAAAGUGUUCUUUUAAAUCGAUAUGGUAUUAGUGGUAGAAAAGCUGUUGACUGUAUUAUUUUUGGUAUCGAUGAUCGAACAAUUAGAAUGGGUGCAGAAGCUGCACAAUAUGAAGAUCCCAAUAAGUUAUUAACGUUUUUGAAAAGUGUUAAGGUUACAAAAAGAGUAGAUAAAACAAUUGUUAAUAAUUCUAAUCAAAGUACCCAAAAUUUUAAUAAUAUUAAGCGAACAUUCCCUGAAAGACGAUCUAACGUACAUUGUUACAACUGUGGUCAAACUGGCCAUUAUAGCUCCAAAUGUCUUCAACCUAUUAAACGUUGCAUUAAAUGUCGUCUCAUUGGUCAUUUAGCUAGUGAAUGCACGAAAGAAAACAUAUCUAGUGGAAAUAAUCAAAACUCUAAUUCUGUUAAUACAGGAAAUAAUAGCGAUAAAACUGUUAUGAAUAUAAAUAGUUCGAAUGAUGAUGAAAAAUACUACAAGAAAGCUUUCGUUAAUGGUGUUAUGGUAGAGUCGUUUGUUGAUUUAGGUAGUAGAAAAACAUUAUUACGCGAGACCGAAGCCCGAAAAAUAUUGAGUACGUGGAAUAAAAGUAAUACUAACACUUUAGUAGGGUUCGGUAAUUCGACCGUCACACCAAUAGGUAGUAGUGAUGCGCAAGUCAUUGUUGACGGUGUUUCUGGUAUAACAGAGAUUCUUAUUGUACCUGAUAUAUUUUUGCCAAAAUAUCCAAUGUUAAUUGGUCAUUCAAACUGUUUCGCUUUUAAUUUAAGAGAAUUAGGUUGUACUAAAGAUGGAGAGCUCAAUAUUAAAUUAACCGAUGAUCGACCAAUUGUGUAUAGACCUUAUCGUUUGUCGUUUGAUGAAAAAAAAGUAGUUAGGAAUAUGAUUGACGAGAUGAUGACAGCUGGUAUAAUACGUGAAUCAAAUUCUCAAUUUGCUAGUCCAAUAAUUAUCGUUAAAAAGAAAACUGGCGAUCGGAGAUUGUGUGUUGAUUUUAGGGCGCUUAACCGGAAAACCGUUAAAGAACACUAUCCCCUACCUCGAAUCGAAGACCAGCUGGACAAUUUGUCAGGCUACAAAUACUUUACUACUUUAGACCUUGCCUCUGGUUAUUAUCAGGUGCCAAUUUGUGAAGAAAGCAAACAUAUAACUGCAUUUGUUACUCCAGAAGGGCAAUACGAGUUUAACCGGAUGCCCUUUGGCCUGGCAAAUGCUCCAGCUGUCUUCCAAAGGAUUAUAAACAAAGUCUUAAGCAAAACGAACUCGGAUGUAGCCAUGGCAUACAUGGAUGAUAUUAUUAUUCCUUCAAAAACGCGGUAUAAAGCCCGGUUCACAGAAAACCGAUGCAGUAAAAAAUUUUCCUCGCCCCACCUCACAACAAAAUAUUCGUCAGUUUUUAGGAUUAGCUAACUUUUUUAGAAGAUUCAUUAAAAAUUUUUCCAUUAUAGCCAGACCAUUAACUCAAUUGCUUAAAAAGGAUAGUA